GGACGGCGCGUGAUACGUACGGCGGUGGUGCGCCGCGCAUCGAUCCCGCGGGCACGCGCACGCGCCGCCCGACGACAUUAGCCGACCGCCACCACCACCGGCGGCGCGCAACGACGACGGCGACGACCACGACGCCGCGUCCCUACGCCGGAGCGUCGGUACCGAGCGACUCCCGGCGUCCGCUCAACAAGUGUCUUCUGUAUUGUUGUGCCCGCUAAACCGAACACAACGACCGUUGCUCGGCGCCGAUCGCGGGUGCGCUCUCUUUUUUUUCAUUUCCAUUUACCUCUUUUUCUCUCGUCGUUUCCUCCCCUCCCCCCGUCCUCUCCGCCGUUCCCGUCGCGUUUCGCUCGCCUCUCCUCUCACCCGGUUCCCGUCCAUCCACGCGCCAUCUCGCUCGUUCGCCAACCAACUGUCUGUCCCCGUCUACACAUCGCUGUCACUCGCAACUCGUUCUGUCCGCCGCGUCUGUCCCGCACCUACCCCGUUCCUGAAUCGGCGGCCCGGAAGGAGACGACAUCUCGAGCAAUAAGUGGAAACCGUCGGACCAGUUACGAUCGCGGCUUGGGCGUGUGACUACGCUCAGACGGCGGCGGCGGCGGCGGCGGCAGCGGCGGCGGCGACGAUCACGACCACGACUACGACGACUUUGGACGACGCAGUGUUAAUACACAUACACACAGACGGAAACGCUAGUGCGCAGAUACGAUUGUUAUUACAUCAAAUCACGAUUUACAAAUGGUCCGACGACGUCGCAGUUGUGUCGCCGGUGAUGGACUGCAAGACGGUGGUCAACAGCAUUUACCCCUAACGUCGUCCGCCGCACUGGUCGCAGCAGACUUUGCUAGCGAAUAAAUAAAAGUCUUCCACAGCGAGGAGACAUCUGCAGUAGCUGCAGUUCGGACAAAACGCUCAAUUUGAGUGAUAAGCAAUACACCUGUACGACCGUUGGUCGGCUGCCCGAGACGGCGACCGAGUUGGACGGACCUGCCGCCGAACGGUCGCGCUUGAAAACGCGACUACCGCAGUUUAAACGGCAAUAAAAAUAAUAAUAAGAAUGAUAAUUAGCAAUAUUAUAGUGAUAACGGAACGUUUGAGUUGAAUUUUUUAAAUUUAUUUUUCCCGAACGAACGAACGAAAAGCAAUAAUACAUUAGGAAUAUUAUAAUCUAGUAUAGUGUACCUACAUUAGUAUAAUAAUCAAUAAUAUAUAGACGGCAUCUGCAGAGCGAUAUUCGACUAGUGCUCAAGACAGUCCAGAUCUGUUUUUUUUUUCCAAAAAAUAUUUAUAUAUAAUAUUUGGGAAUUAUUUUUCUCACCACUCAUCCUAACGACGGUCAUACCCCGUCACCAUGCCCCGAUACUACGCGGUGAAGAAACUAGGACCAAAGCUGAUGUUACACCAGCAACAGCAGAACCAGCACCAGCAACAGCAGCAGCAACAGCAGCAACAGAUAAUAAUUCUACAACAGCAACAGCACCAGGACGAGCUGGAGGACGACGAGUGCUGCAGUUCCCGAUCCGGUACCGAGUCCCCGCCACCGUUCACCGAUCCCACAUCGGUGAAACUCUACAAGCCUCUGGAAUCCGUCACCAUGUCCAAACACAAAGAUUACUUGAAGUAUUGUUACGAGCUGGAACAAAAACAAAACUUGUUCAAGGAGCGAAGCAAAGAAGAAACGGAAGCCGCUCACGACCUGCUCGAACUCUCCAGAUCGUUGCCGCCACUGCCGCCACCGAGUACGGUGACCAUCGCCGCACCCACGCCCCCCGAGACACCCCUCGGCUCGGGGGUGGGUGACGGGUGCCCAGCGUCGCCACAGUUCGUCUACGUGUCCGCGGCGGUUUCGGCCGCACCGCUUACCCCGCCUGCUUCAGAGUACUCGUCGGACGCGGAGAAUACGCCGGCGGAAGCCGUCGGCGGCACCGCUAGCGCACAGGCUGUCGUGGUGGCCACGGCCACAGCCACCACCACCGUCUACAGCCUGAUCGAUUACGUCAUCGAGAGGGGCGACGGCGGAGCGUACGACCCGUUGCUGACCAGAGACUUGAACGUCAAGACCGGCAGGACGACGACGACGACCGCGGAACACCGCCGGUCGACCUCCACCACCACCACCACCACAACCACCCAGGUCGUGGUCGGAUGCAGUUCCGGGAACAAAGCCCGUUACACGUGCACCGACUGCGGCAAGCACUACGCGACGUCGUCGAACCUGUCCCGGCACAAGCAGACACACCGGAGCCUGGACUCGCAGUCGGCCAAGCGGUGCAACGCUUGCGGCAAGGCGUACGUCAGCAUGCCCGCGCUCGCCAUGCACCUGCUCACGCACAAGCUGUCGCACGCGUGCGGCGUGUGCGGCAAGAUGUUCAGCCGGCCGUGGCUGCUGCAGGGCCACCUGCGGUCGCACACCGGCGAGAAGCCGUACGCAUGCGCGCAGUGCGGCAAAGCGUUCGCGGACCGGUCCAACCUGCGCGCGCACAUGAUGACCCACUCGGGCGACAAGAACUUCGCGUGCCACUGGUGCCGCAAGUCGUUCGCGCUCAAGUCGUACCUGAACAAGCACCUGGAGGCGGGCUGCGCGCCGGCGGCCGCCGUGGCCGCCGCCUCGUCUCCGUCGUCGUCGCCGUCGUCGCCGCAGCAGCCGCAGCAGUCGGACGACCGGGACACGGCCACCCGGGACGGAUAACGUUGUCAUGCGGCGCCGCAGCAGCAGACGCCCCGACGGACGUCGGUCAUACGGUUCGCCGCCGCUGCAGCCGCCGACGAUUCCGUCAUAUUGUUGUCGGACUAAUGACGACGACGACGACGACGACGACGACGAACGAUGCAGCCGCCUCCGCCGCCAAAGUAACAUUGAAAAAAAAAAAAUUAUUAUAAAGGUUUUUUGUUUUAUUUUUUUUUUUUU